AUGAAAAGUACCUCUGAUGCCCCAAGUAGCCGAUGUCCAGGUAAACGUUCUAGUUUGUUGCAGUCUUACUCAGAGAUUCCAGAAUCGAAAGUUUUUCAGGAAGGACCAACGAUUGAAAAUAAGAUAGCCAAUGAACGGGCUGUAACGUCUAUUUCACUGCAUGGCCGAGCCCAAACAAAAAGUAAACAAUUAAACCUCAAUUCCCCCGAUUACCAGACAGCAGCGGAUACCAAAGGGCUUUUUGAGCAGGAGAGAGAGAAUAUACUAGCUCAAUACAACUCAUGGCCUCGGCCCAUUCCUCUGACGCCUCAGCAGCAAAAGAUUAUCUACCAUUCUUUUUGUCCAAGGCUGCGAAAACUUUUUGCAUCCAGCCUGACCAAGAAUUUCCUUUCCAUUGAAGCACAGUCACAGGCUUUUGCAUGUGACCAAAGCAAAGCUGAACGGGAGAUGGAAGAGGAAGCCAAUCUGCAAAAGGAGGGUUCUCUACAGACGCUCAAGGAAGAAAUAAAGAAGAGGCAAGAUGAAGAUGGAGAAGAAAUGGAAAUUGAUCAAAAGUCCCUUGGCCAUUGUGCUCAGACUGGGGAGCAUAAACAAAGGAAAGAACUCGAUAAUCGGGACUCAAAACAGAUUAAACCGCCAAUUCAGGUGAAAAAAAAUGAGGAAUGCCUUUCGUCCGAUUGGCAAGAACAGGACAAACUGUUCGGGCCGCGGAUUUCUCAAAAGCGCCCUUCUUCUGUCCAGCGGCCUAAUCAGGAUCCGGUAGUCAAUAAUCUGCAAACCCAACUCCGGAUUACACGAGAUCAUCAGCUUUGGCGACAACAGUUGCGCAAGAAAUUGGCAGAUCGGCGUCGACAACAUCAAGGGUCGUUGAUAGAACGGACGCUAGUCAACAAACCUGCCAACGUUGAGCGUGCACAGCGUUUGGCUGCACCAGAUAAACCUCAUCGCCAGACUCUGGGGGGAAACACGAAGUCGGGUAGCUCAUUACGAAAGCUCUGCAAGCAAAACUCCCUGACAGAGGCUACUAAUGCUCCUCAUUCUGGCUCCCCUACUUCGCAUUCUUCUCGGUCCUCCUCCUCAUCAUCCUCAUCCUGCUCAUUCUCGUCUUCGUCAACUUCAUCAGGAUGUACCGCGAUUCUGAAACGAAUUCAACUUCCUGCAGCUUCCGUACAACGAGUUGGUCUUCGAGGUCAAGUCCACUCUAAAAUGCAUAAUACUUCAGAUAAAGUGAAGACAGUAGCAUUAUUAGACGGCUCAAUCGGCAGCACGGUACAG